AUGGCGGAGUCCAACGCCCAGGGCAGCGGCGCUGAAGCCGUCCACACUAACGGCAAGACGACCUACGCCGAAAAACACAGCUUACCUUCUCACUUCAUUGGCGGCAAUGAGCUUGACAACGCCCCUGCGUCAAAAGUGAAGGACUUUGUGGCUAGCCACGAUGGCCACACUGUUAUUACAAACGUCCUGAUCGCCAACAACGGUAUCGCUGCCGUCAAGGAGAUUCGCUCCGUGCGGAAAUGGGCGUACGAGACAUUCGGCGACGAACGGGCUAUUAAGUUUACCGUUAUGGCCACGCCGGAAGACCUCCAAGCAAAUGCUGAUUACAUUCGCAUGGCGGACCACUACGUCGAGGUUCCCGGCGGCACGAAUAACCAUAAUUAUGCCAACGUAGAACUUAUUGUGGACGUGGCGGAGCGCAUGGAUGUCCAUGCAGUUUGGGCGGGAUGGGGUCACGCAUCCGAGAAUCCAAAGCUUCCCGAGUCGCUGGCGGCGUCGCCAAAGAAGAUUGUGUUUAUCGGUCCCCCUGGUUCAGCCAUGCGGUCUCUUGGUGACAAGAUUUCGUCGACUAUCGUCGCCCAGCACGCCGAUGUGCCUUGCAUUCCGUGGUCUGGGACGGGGGUUAGCGAGGUUAGCGUUGACAACAAGGGAAUCGUGACCGUACCCGAUGAGGUCUAUUUGAAAGGUUGUGUGAGCUCAUGGCAAGAAGGUCUGGAGAAGGCCAAGGAGAUUGGCUUCCCGGUCAUGGUCAAGGCAUCUGAGGGUGGUGGUGGUAAAGGUAUUCGCAAAGUCGUCGACGAGGAGAACUUUGAGGAGCUUUACAAGGCGGCCGCCAGCGAAAUCCCCGGCUCGCCCAUCUUCAUUAUGAAGCUGGCAGACAGCGCCAGGCAUUUGGAGGUCCAAUUGCUCGCCGAUCAGUACGGCAACAACAUUUCACUCUUUGGCAGAGACUGCUCGGUACAACGGAGACACCAAAAGAUUAUCGAAGAGGCCCCUGUCACCAUUGCGAAGCCCAUCACCUUCAAGGCCAUGGAGGAAGCCGCCGUUCGCCUUGGGAGACUUGUCGGCUACGUUUCCGCCGGAACCGUCGAGUACCUUUACUCCCACGCUGAUGAUAAGUUCUACUUCCUCGAGCUCAACCCGCGCUUGCAGGUCGAGCAUCCGACCACCGAGAUGGUCAGCGGUGUCAACCUCCCGGCUGCCCAGCUUCAGGUUGCCAUGGGUCUCCCGCUUCACCGGAUCCGCGAUAUCAGGCUUCUGUACGGCGUCGAUCCCAAGACGGCGACCGAAAUUGACUUCGAGUUCAAAAACCCCGAGAGCGAGAAGAGCCAACGGCGGCCCACCCCCAAGGGUCACACCACGGCCUGCCGUAUUACCUCCGAAGACCCCGGCGAGGGAUUCAAGCCUUCGAACGGUGUCCUUCACGAUCUCAACUUCCGCUCGAGCUCCAAUGUGUGGGGUUACUUCUCUGUCGGCUCGGCCGGUGGUAUCCACAGUUUCUCGGACUCGCAAUUUGGUCACAUUUUUGCCUAUGGCGAGAACCGUGCUGCUUCGCGGAAGCACAUGGUUGUCGCCUUGAAGGAGCUGAGCAUCCGUGGUGAUUUCCGCACGACCGUCGAGUACCUGAUCAAGCUUCUUGAAACGGACGCCUUUGAGCAGAACACGAUCACAACGGGAUGGCUUGACGAACUUAUUUCCAAGAGACUUACCGCUGAGCGGCCUGAUCCCAAUCUCGCCAUCGUUUGCGGUGCCGUGACCCAGGCUCACAUCGCUAGCGAGUCGUGCAUCGCCGAGUACCGCGGUGGCCUCGAGAAAGGCCAGGUGCCGGCGAAAGACAUUCUUAGGACAGUUUUCCCCGUCGAUUUCAUUUACGAGGGGUUCCGCUACAAGUUCACCGUUACUCGCUCGAGCACCGACAGCUACCGUCUCUUCAUCAACGGUUCCAAGUGUACUGUGGGAGUCCGCGCCCUGAGUGACGGUGGCCUUCUGGUGCUCCUUAACGGCCGCAGCCACAACAUAUACUGGAAGGAGGAAGUGGCGGCCACACGCAUGUCUGUGGACGGCAAGACAUGCCUGCUUGAGCAGGAAAACGACCCCACGCAGCUCCGGACCCCUUCGCCGGGAAAGCUCGUCAAGUACACCGUUGACAAUGGCGCCCACGUCCGACGUAACCAAACCUUUGCCGAGGUGGAGGUUAUGAAGAUGUACAUGCCACUCGUUGCCCAGGAGGACGGUAUUGUGCAGCUGAUCAAGCAGCCGGGCGCAGCACUGGAGGCUGGUGACAUUCUUGGUAUCCUUGCGCUUGACGACCCCAGCCGUGUUAAGCAGGCUCAGCCAUUCCUUGGCCAGCUGCCGAACUACGGCACCCCCGUCGUUGUUGGUAACAAGCCCUCGCAGCGGUUUUCACUUCAGUACAACAUCCUUCUCAACAUCCUCAUGGGUUUUGACAACCAAGUUGUCAUGCUUGACAGCUUGAAGGAACUUGUUGCCGUCCUUCGCGACCCCAAGCUACCGUACAGCGAGUUCGCAGCGCAAUUCUCUGCCCUUCACGCCCGCAUGCCCCAGAAACUUGACGCUCAGUUUACGCAAGUUCUGGAGCGUUCGGCGCAAAGGCAAGCUGAGUUCCCGUCGCGGAAUCUUUCCAAGGUGUUCCAAAAGUUCCUUGACGACAAUGUUCCCGUCCAAGCCGAUGCCGACAUGCUCAAGGGUACACUAUCGCCCCUUACCGCGAUCCUCGACAUGUAUGCGGACGGCCAGAAGAACCGCGAGUUGAAUGUUAUCUCGGAUUUGUUGACCCAGUACGCCGAUGUCGAACGCCUCUUCUCCGGCCGCCGGUUGCAGGACGAGGAGGUUAUUCUGAAGCUCCGUGACCAGAACAAGGACGACAUCCAAAAAGUUGUCCAAACCGUUCUCUCCCAUAGCAGGGUUGCGGCCAAGAACUCCCUCGUCCUUGCCAUUCUGGAGGAGUACCGUCCCAACAAGCCCCACGUCGGUAACGUGGGCAAGAUCCUCCGCCCCGUUCUUCGCAAGCUGGCUGAACUUGAGUCUCGACAAACUGCUAAGGUCUCUCUCAAGGCUCGCGAGAUCCUCAUCCAGUGCGCUUUGCCGUCAUUGGAGGAAAGGACCGCGCAGAUGGAGCACAUCCUCCGCUCGUCGGUCGUGGAGUCUCGGUACGGUGAGACCGGCUGGGACCACCGCGAGCCAAGCCUGGAGAUUAUCAAGGAGGUUGUGGACUCCAAGUACACCGUUUUCGACGUGUUGACCCUUUUCUUUGCGCACGAAGACCCGUGGGUCUCGCUCGCGGCAUUGGAGACGUACGUCCGCCGGGCUUACCGUGCCUACAUUCUCAAGAAGAUCGAGUACCACACCGACGAGACCGAUACGCCCUCCUUUGUGUCCUGGGACUUUGCGCUCCGCAAGAUCGGCCAGUCCGAGUUUGGCCUGCCUCUCCAGUCGGCCGCCCCUUCGACCCCGGCGACCCCCGUCGACCACAGCUUCUCGCGCAUUCACUCCAUCAGCGACAUGUCGUACCUGACUUCUAGGACACAGGACGAGCCAGUGCGGAAGGGUGUGAUCAUUCCCUGCAAGUAUAUUGACGAUGCGGAGGAGAUCCUUUCUCGGGCGCUCGACACCUUGCCGUCUCAAGGGAACCGCAGGAGGGUACCCAACCCCCUCGCUGAGCUGAACGACAGGCGCAGGCCCGCGCCGCCCCAGCGUCUCGACACCUCCGAUGAACUCUCCGCCGUCGUCAACGUGGCGGUCCGCGACGCCGAGGGCCGCAGCGACGAUGAGACGCUCAAGGAUAUCCUGCCCCUUGUUCAGCAGUUUAAGGAUGAGCUCUUCGCUCGCCGUGUCCGCCGGCUGACCUUCAUCUGCGGCCGGAAUGACGGAUCCUACCCGGCCUACUACACCUUCAGGGGCCCCAACUACGUCGAGGACGACAGCAUCCGUCACAUCGAGCCUUCUCUUGCCUUCCAACUCGAGCUUGGACGUCUGUCCAAGUUCAAGAUCAAGCCCGUGUUCACCGAAAACAAGAACAUCCAUGUGUACGAGGGCAUUGGCAAGGACGUCGAGACUGAUCGCCGUUUCUUCACCCGUGCGGUUAUUCGCCCCGGGAGGCUCCGUGAUGAGAUUCCUACGGCUGAAUACCUCAUCUCGGAGGCGGACCGCGUUAUUAACGACAUCUUUGACGCCCUGGAGAUCAUUGGCACGAGCAAUUCCGAUCUCAACCACAUGUUCAUCAACUUCAGCCCCAUUUUCCAACUGCAGCCUAAAGAGGUUGAGCACUCGCUUCAGGGCUUCCUGGACCGGUUUGGUCCCCGUGGCUGGCGUCUGCGCGUUGCCCAGGUCGAAAUCCGCAUCAUCUGCACCAACCCCGAGACCGGCACGCCGUACCCGUUGCGUGUUAUUAUCACCAACACCUCGGGUUACGUUAUCCAGGUGGAGAUGUAUGAGGAACGCAAGUCGGAGAAGGGUGAAUGGGUGUUCCAGUCGAUCGGUGGCACCACCAAGAUCGGCUCGAUGCAUCUCCUCCCGGUCUCGACCCCGUAUCCGACCAAGAACUGGCUGCAGCCCAAGCGUUACAAGGCGCACAUCAUGGGUACCCAAUACGUCUACGACUUCCCUGAGCUUUUCCGCCAAGCCAUUCAAAACAGCUGGACCAGCGCAGUGAAGGCCAACCCCGGCUUGGCCACGCUCCAGCCCCCGACUGGCGAGUGCAUCGACUAUAACGAGCUGGUGUUGGACGACCAAGACAAGCUGGCAGAGGUAGCUCGCGAGCCUGGUACUAACACUUGCGGUAUGGUCGGUUGGUUGAUUAACGCCCGCACUCCCGAGUACCCUAAGGGGCGCAAGUUUGUUGUCGUGGCCAAUGAUAUCACCUACAACAUCGGGUCCUUCGGCCCCAAGGAGGACAAUUUCUUCUACAAGUGCACCGAAUUGGCCCGUAAGCUGGGCAUUCCGCGCAUUUACCUCUCGGCCAACUCUGGUGCCCGCUUGGGUCUGGCUACCGAGUUGAUGCCUCACUUCAGCGUGGCCUGGAACGAUGCUGAGAAGCCCGAGGCCGGCUUCAAGUACCUCUACCUUUCGGAGGAGGCCAGGGCCCGGUUUGAGAACGAGGUGAUCACUGAGGAGAUCACGGAAGACGGCGAGAAGCGGCACAAGAUCGUUACGAUCGUCGGUGCCGAAGACGGCUUGGGUGUUGAAUGUUUGCGUGGAUCCGGUUUAAUUGCUGGUGCCACGAGCAGGGCUUACACCGACAUCUUCACCUGCACGUUGGUGACCUGCCGCUCCGUCGGUAUUGGUGCUUACCUUGUCCGUCUCGGUCAACGUGCCGUGCAAAUCGAAGGCCAGCCAAUCAUCCUCACCGGUGCCCCGGCGCUCAACAACCUGCUUGGUCGUGAGGUGUACACCUCUAACCUGCAACUUGGUGGUACCCAGAUCAUGUACCGCAACGGUGUGUCGCAUUUGACAGCCAACGAUGACUUCGCCGGUGUUUCCAAGAUUGUGGAAUGGAUGUCGUUUGUGCCCGACAAGCGUAACAGUCCGGUGCCUAUUAGCCCCAGUGUCGACGAUUGGGAUCGCGACGUCGUGUACACGCCACCGCAGAAGCAACCCUACGACGUUCGGUGGAUGAUUGCCGGCAAAGAAGACGCCGACGGCUUUCAGCCCGGUCUUUUUGACAAGGACUCGUUCGUCGAGUCUCUCGGUGGCUGGGCCCGGACCGUUGUGGUCGGUCGUGCCCGUCUGGCUGGCAUCCCCAUGGGUGUCAUUGCGGUCGAGACCCGCUCCGUCGAGAACAUCACGCCGGCCGACCCUGCUAACCCAGACUCGAUUGAGCAGCUUAGCAACGAAGCCGGCGGUGUCUGGUACCCCAACUCGGCGUUCAAGACUGCCCAGGCCAUCAACGACUUCAACCACGGUGAGCAGCUGCCAUUGAUGAUUCUCGCCAACUGGCGUGGGUUCUCGGGCGGUCAGCGUGACAUGUACAACGAGGUCCUCAAGUACGGCUCCUUCAUUGUGGACGCCUUGGUCAAGUUUGAGCAGCCCGUGUUCAUCUACAUCCCGCCGUUCGGCGAACUCCGUGGUGGUUCGUGGGUCGUCGUGGACCCGACCAUCAACGAGACCUUCAUGGAGAUGUACGCAGAUGUCGAGGCCCGCGGUGGUGUCUUGGAGCCCGAGGGUAUUGUUGGUAUCAAGUACCGCAAGGACAAGCAGCUCGAGACGAUGGCCCGUCUUGACCCGCAGUACGCGAGCCUCAAGAAGCAGAUGGCCAAGGAGGGUCUGUCCAAGGAGGAGGCCGCCAACAUCAAGAAGCAAAUGACGGAGCGGGAGCAGCAUCUGCUCCCUGUGUAUGCCCAGAUCAGCCUGCAGUACGCCGACCUGCACGACCGUGCCGGUCGCAUGAAGGCGAAGGGCGUUAUUCGGGAGGUGCUGGAGUGGCGCGAAGCUCGCCGCUUCUUCUACUGGCGUGUGCGCAGGAGGCUUAACGAGGAACACAUCUUGCGCCGCAUCAACAACGCCAUUUCGGAUGCAGGUGUCCGUCCCAAGACCGACAAGAGCGAAGUGCGUGCCCGCCACCUCCAACUAUUGGAGGCGUGGUGUAAUGUUCCCAACUUUGCGACCAACGACCGCGAGGUCUCCACCUGGUAUGAGCAGAAUAGGAAAAUCGUGCACGACAAGGUUGAGGCUCUCAAGAAUGAGGCCCUCGCAGCUGAGGUGCGGGAGCUAGUGCGCAACGGCAGCAAUGACAGCGAGGAGGCGACAGAGAGCGCGGCUUGGAAGGGUGUGCGCGACAUGCUGCGCGUGAUGCCGGUGGAGGAGCGGGACAAGGUUCUUGAGUAUCUCAAACAGGUUUGA